UAAUUUAAUGUAUUGACCUUAGUUAAUUAUGUUACUCCAUCUUUCAAAACCCUUCACGUGCCUUGGGACACCCAUUGUCGGUAUAAUAUAUUUGUGUCUGCCUUUAUUCAUGGAUUACUCUUAUGCUUUUCUUAAAAGUGUACUUUCAUCGUUGAACCAUGAGUCACACUAAUGUAAAACUAUGAAUAACUAUGAAAUUGUGAUUCAUAAAAUGUCCUGUUCAGCGAAAAACAAAUCCACCCUAAUGCAGUUAGAGUCAAGGCUUGUCACUGGGAUUUGCUUGAUUAAUGACACCACAGCCUGGGAGCAAAUAAUAGUGACGGUGCACCUGAGAGUGAUUCAUGUGGCCCUUCCUUGUUUCACUUUGCAUAAAAAGGCCCGCUUUACUCCCAUGUUCACUAAAGCAGCUCUAGAGACCAAAGACUAUUCUUUUACCUAAGCAGCGUGGUAGCAUGGUAUCAGCAGGGUUGCAGAUGCUGGGCAUAGCCCUGGCCAUCAUCGGCUGGAUCGGGGUGAUCGUGGUUUGUGCUCUCCCUAUGUGGCUUGUCACGGCUUUCAUUGGACAGAAUAUAGUCACUGCGCAAACAACCUGGGAAGGAAUCUGGAUGAACUGUGUGGUGCAGAGCACCGGACAGAUGCAGUGUAAGGUGUAUGACUCCAUGCUGGCCCUCAGCUCAGAUCUACAGGCGGCUCGAGCCCUGAUUGUCAUCUCCAUCCUAGUGGGUGUCUUUGGAAUCCUGCUAGCGGCGGCUGGAGGGAAAUGCACCAACUGCAUAGAGGACGAGCGCACCAAGGCCAAAGUGGGCAUAAUUUCAGGAGCCAUCUUCAUCGUGGCUGGAGUUCUGUGUUUGAUUCCUGUCUGCUGGACGGCCAAUACAGUUAUAAGGGACUUCUACAACCCUAUGACCGUCAGCGCACAGAAGAAAGAGUUGGGAGCUUCAUUGUUUAUUGGAUGGGCUGCUUCGGCGCUGUUAAUUAUUGGUGGGUCGUUGCUUUGUGCAAACUGCCCUCCUAAAGAUCAGUACACUGCAAAGUACACAGCUCGGCCUGGAGGAAACAAAGGCUAUGUAUGAAGAGGAACCAAGGAGCACUGCAAAAAGUGACUUUAAUUUGUAUCUUGGUCAGCUUUUGACCUGUUUGUGUUACAACUGACCAUGUAUGUGAAUGUUCUGGUUGAAUUAGAUGUCACCUGCCAACAUUUUAUAGUAAUGGUGGAAUACUAAGAAAGUUUCAGGUCACAGCACUGAACAGAACAGUACUGCCAAAAAUUGUGUGGGAACUGUAAAUACCUCUUUUUAAUUUUGCCAGCUGGAUUCACACACUGUGCAUUCCCUCUUCAGAUAUGCUUUGUGUUAAGGAUUUACACAAAAUGUAAAUUUUAUCAUGUUGUGCUUUGUGACAGAUAUUUGUGCUAUGCUACAAAACGUUUCAACUACAUGCUUUACAAACAAAUAAAUUCAUUAGAAACACACAAUUAUUGUUUCUUGUGCUUCAUUACACAGUAACAGUUAAGUUUGUACUCUCUUUGUUUAGAAAGAUGGUUGGGUUCUCAAUUAUAUAAUAAAGAAGGUAUCUGGGAUGUGUCGCAACUACUGAAGUGCUAAUUACAGGAAGAGUGCAAAAUAUUCACACGCUUACAAGGACAGAGAGAGAGUGAAAUUA